GUGUGUGUGACAGAGAUGGACCCCCUGGAGGUUCCCCCUCUAACCCCAACCAGUAAGGAGGUUUUAUGCGAGGCCCUGAGCGCAACUUUUGCCGGUUUCACUCAGGAGAGGCUCACCCAUCGCUUCCCGCAAGACGUGACUUUAUGGUCCGAGUGGGAGGUGAACCACUGGCUGGAAUGGUGCCGGGCCGAGUUUGGGCUGCAUUCGCUGGGGUCAGACUUGAAGGGCCUGCAGGGUCACGAGCUGUGCGGCCUUGACCGUGACGCGUUCCUGGGCCUCACGUCUGACUACACGGCUGGAGAGAUCCUGUGGGAGCACCUGGACAUCAUGAGACGCGGUAAAGAAGCGGCAACACCUUCGGCCAUCAUGCAAAAGCUUUCAUCUGUCUGUUCUUACCUGCAGAGAGUGACUGCAAUUCUGCACAGAUGGCGUGCACAGAGUCAUCUCUCUGCCAGCUUCAUAGCGUCAAAGACAAGCAAAGCUACCAAGUGGAGUACCUUGAGAGGACACAGCACAAUUCUGUGGAGGAAGCCCAGCAUCAAUACUAUCUGCUCAAAAGCCAACAUCCAAACAGGAACGAGCAGGCUUCUGAGACAGCAACAAACAGCGCAGGCUGUCCCCACUCAGGUCCGCAAGGAGGUUGAGGGGGCGUGGCCUCCAGUUCCGGCUGAAUUUCGGAAGAAAAUUUCUUCCGGGAGGUUUUCAGGAGAGGUCCUGAAUUUCGGGAGUCUCCCGGAAAAUCCGGGAGGGUUGGCAAAGAGCGACUCCGAAGCAGAAACGUUUCCCAGCGGGACCUUGAUGUGGACCGGCACUGGGGUUCAGUGUGAAGACAUAUUCACUUUAGCACACCCGUACAAAAGCUUCAAGGAGUACGUGGGAGACAAGACCGAGGUGGGCAACGCGGUGAUACCAGCAGCCAUCCUCGCUGGUUACACUGGAAGUGGUCCCAUUCAGCUUUGGCAGUUUUUACUGGAGCUGCUGACCGACCGCAGCUGUCAGUCGUGUAUCAGCUGGACAGGAGACGGCUGGGAGUUCAAGCUGACCGACCCGGAUGAGGUGGCGCUGCUGUGGGGUCGCAGGAAGCACAAGCCCAAGAUGAACUACGAGAAGCUGAGCCGCGGCCUGCGCUACUACUACGACAAGAACAUCAUCCGCAAGACGGCGGGCAAGCGUUACGUCUACCGUUUUGUAUGCAACCUGCAAGGGCUGCUGGGAUACGAGCCAGGCGAGUUGCACGCCAUGUUGGACAUCAGCGCCAAGGCCCGCUAACGAACACGUGAGCGCGAGCAGCAUUGUCACUUUACAUACACAUCAGCUAUGUGUACAUAGACACAUUUAAUCGGGUUAAGAGCCUAACCGGAAUAAAAAUGCUUCAUAUAAACAUGCCAUUGGGAAUAUUCUGACCCGAUCACGGACAUUCGGAUCAAAAUGUCAUUCCGAUCGAGACGGGAGGUUUAUCCCGAAAGUCAUUCGGAUUGUAGCUCUUGAAAACACAUCUUCCGUUACUUUUUGAGCCAGAGUUGUGCUCGGCGACAGAUUCCUAUAACCUGCACUCAAUCCACUCGCCGCACGUUCCUUUUGAUCAAAGGGAGAAGACAAUUUGUCAGACACUCUUUACAAUAUUCCACCUGUUACAUUAAUUUGCAUCAACACCAAGACAUAUACUUACAAGCCUCUCUGGGUUGUUGUCGACGCAACACCAACCUUUGCUGGAUCGUGUGUGGGCAAGCACUUCGACAGUCAAAUUCUGAUUUGGAUGACUUUCUCUGUCUCUUUAUUGAUGUCUUUACAAGUCUCGUCUGACAUAGUGCUGACCAGUGAUUUAACCAAAUAGAUUUAAAAAGUGACAAAGCAAAGUCCAUUACAGUCUAUUGAAGAACAAAAUUUGCCUGUACAAUUUCUGUUGCCUCUAUACUGAUACUGGAUCAGGGGUGUCAAACUUAUGGCGGGAUGAGUUUGUCAGGUAUAAAAAUUCGCCAAAAUUUUUUACUGAAAGAAACCGCUGUUCUAAAUGUGUCCACUAGAUGUCACAAUAGCAAUUCUUUGUAUCUUUGUAGAUGAUGCUACAUAUGUAAAAAACAACAACACGUUAGUGCACCAGUCGAGGAAAAUGAGCAAACUACAUAAGUAACAUCUUGUAAUUUGAUUUUGAUAUUAUUCUUUAUCUUGAUAGAUUGAAAAUGAACACCAAUGAGUUGAUUGAUGAACAUUAUCACAUCAUUCAUUCAGAAAGUAUAAAUAACGACAAUAAAGAUGGAAUACUAUUAACCGCAACAUGUAAGUGUAAAAAAAAAACAAUAAAAUUGUGAUUUGUACAUUUUUAAAAUGUGUUUGUUCCAUUUUCAAACAAAGAAAACAAUCUUAAAUUGUCUUUACUUUCGAGUUAUCGUGCCGUGAUUUUCCCGGCCUACUUGUGAGUAGAUUUUUCUCCAUGUGGCCCCUGAUCUAAAAUGAGUUUGACACCGCUGUACUAGAUACUGCACAUCAAACUAAAAGUUAGUCAAAGGUCUGUUGCGCCGCUUAGCCAUCGUUCAAAGUCAGGUCAUAAGUUUCAACAUAAGUUCAUCUCACGUGUAAUCAGAGGCGUAUUAUCUUUAAAACUAAUCUUUAUAAUGCAUUAAUAUAUAAUGGGCAAUCCUUAAAGGCAACAAUGGUAACAGUGGUAGAUACAUGUUUUCAACAGCUUCCAUAUUGAACAACCUUUAAGUGAUGUCAACGUUUACAUGGAUUUUUAAAGCAUGAUAAAAAGGCAAGUGCCCACACUGAUUUAAUUUUACAAGUCAGUGAACAAGGUGUUACACACGCAGCAAGCGAGUGUGCUAGGAUUACUUCCACCACUUUCACUAAUGGAAUACUGGAGAGUCUUUGUCCUGGUGGCCGAGUGUAGGUUAUGUUGAUUGGACAAUUUUGCGGCAAUAAAAUCAACAUAAUUUGUCAUACAAAUUCAGGGCACACGCAUCGAACGCUGGCAUACUCGACUGCACUCCUAAUACUCCAUGAAGAGUGUGAUAAACAAUCUUGUGCACACACAUUGACCUGUGCAAU